AUGAGAAACAGAUUGUUGUUGAACCUAAGACGAUAUUUGAAUACUAGUAACCCUCCCUCACAUUUUGGAUCUGGUGAGAUACCACAAACAUAUAAUCAACAGAGUGACUAUCGACAGUAUCAGCCUCAAACACACCAACCUCAAUCACAACAAUCUACUCCACCAUCGUCACUGCAACACCAAGGCUCGCAUCAUGAAAGUUCAAUACGAGAAAUAACGGCAUUACUUGCAAUGUUUGCCCUUGCAUACAUAGCAAUUGAUAAUUAUACAGAAAGAAUUAAGAUUGAAAAGCUACAUACGGAAACGAAUGCAAUAAAUUUGAAAGCAUUGCAAGUUCAACAAUUGAAUUAUCAAAAGGAAAGAAAGAGAAAAGAUUUAGCAUUAUUACAAGAAAGGAAAGAGAUAGCAAAACGAAAUUUUAAAAUGGGUUUACAUAUUGCAAUGUUGAGAAAACAAUUACUUGAUUCCGGAGUAAAACCUGUUGAAUUGGAUGAAGCUGUGAAAGAAUUUGAAAGUAACGUAAAAGCUGAUAAUUCUAUGAAAAAUAUAAGUGGUCAAUAUCUAUGGUUAGACGAUUCGUCUGGUAUGUUUAAAGAUUUUUGA